CUCCUCCUUCGGACAUAUCUGGUGAAGCAUUGCAGGUCGAGAAGCCUUGCAGACGGAAGCUGGGAAAGAAGGAUCUACCCGGCGUGCAAGGUUCGGCUGGUCUGACAUUCUGACACUGCAUCCCGUUCCCCGCAGUUGCUCCUCGUCUAGUCAAAGUAUGGCCGAAGGUCAACCGCAGCCGGCAGCGCAACCGCAACCCCAGCAGCCUAACCUCCAAUGUCAGAAGGUCUCGGACAUCGUUCGUAGUUUCCGUCCUACAAAGGCGUUCCGACCUCCAAAGCAGGAUACCUCGAAUUAUGUGACGUCGUUGGACUUCGACGACCAGGGUGAAUUUCUGGUGGCCUCCGGUGACGAUGAAACCAUCCAGGUCUUUGACAUCAAGGAGGGUAAAUCCACCAAGUCGGUUCCCAGCAAGAAAUACGGCGCCCACCUGGCUAGAUUCACGCACCACAGUCGUCAAGUCCUCCAUGCGAGCACCAAGGUCGACGAUUCGCUGCGCUUGCUGGAUCUUCACAAUGAAGGCUACGUACGUUAUUUCCAGGGCCAUACCGAUAAAGUCACCUGCUUGGCGCUGUCUCCGGGCAGUGACUCCUUCAUCUCGUGCUCCAAGGACGACACAGUUGCGCUCUGGGAUUUGAGCUCACGAUAUGCACAAGGAAAGCUGAAGCUUGCGACGCCUUAUCUUGUCGCCUUCGACCCCUCCGGCUCGGUCAUUGCGAUUGCCUCCCAGUCCACUGCGUCGGUCCUCCUCUACGACCUCCGUAACUACGACAAGGCGCCUUUCUCCACGUUUGAUCUUGGACCGUACGAGGAACGAUACACUCCUUCGACGCGCGGCCGGGGCUGGACUCGUCUCGAGUUUUCGAAUGAUGGGAAGCACUUGCUUGUUGGGACAGACUAUCAUGGGCAUUUCGUUCUGGAUGCGUUCGAAGGCGGCGUUCGCGCUUUCUUAGUGGGGAAGGCUGGAUCGCCCGGGAGAGCUGCCCCAGUUUCGACAACCGGAAAACCCCUUGGUCAGGGAGAUGCCUGCUUCUCACCAGACGGGCGAUACGUGGUUGGAGGAUCGGGAGACCAUCACGACAUGCUAGUCUGGGAUCUACAACAGCCUCCUCCUGAGUCAAACGGUCUAUUGCAACCUCUAACUAGACUGCCACAUCGAGGACGGACUGCCGUCGUCGAAUACAAUCCACGGUACAACAUGAUCGCGUCUGCAGACAAAGAAAUUGUUUUCUGGCUUCCGGAGGACAACUCACGGUCUCUUGAAAAGUAAGAGCCGUCAAGUCCCAAUAUCAGCACUCAAGACCACGCCAACAACACAUACAUGCUCCUCGACUGUUCCUGUGAAAAGCAAAUAUCGAAAA